AUGGAACCGUGCAAUGAAGACAUUGACCCGGAGGCGAACGAGGUAGAUUUGUUUGUAGAACACGUUGACAUGAUGUUUGCUGUUUCUGAUACUGUAAAGCAUUCUGAAGGAAUAGUCAAGCAAGCUAAAAUGAGUGUGAGGGAGGCUAUGGAGCGGUCUCUUAAUGGUAGCAAGAUCAUCCUGAGGUUCAAUAAGGAACUGCAGGCAGUCGAAGAUGGAGCUGACCUGUUCAGUGGCAUUUUAGGAGCGCUGGGUUCUGAUUACAACAAAUUUUCUAUCUGUGAAAAGAGUUGGGUAAAGGUGCGGGGUAAAGACAAGGUUUAUGACGAUUGUAUAAAGGAGAUGUUUCACUUCCAGGAUAGCAGUGGUUUAAUGAAGAAAACAUUUUUGAAACAAAUGGGGAAGUCUUGGAAGAACACAAGGGGGAGGCUGUUUGACUCGCAUUACAAACCAACAAUGACACUUGAAAAGAAUCUUGAGCAGCGCCUGGAGGGAAUUCCUAGAGAGCAUUGGAAGUGGUUCAUUGAGUAUUGUAAUGAUCCUGCAACAAAGGCGAAGUGCAAGCAAAACGUGCUGAAUCGAAAGAAGCAACUUUACAUGCACACUGGCGGAUCUAAAAGCUUGGCAAGGGCUAGGGAAGAAGAGUCACAAAAACAUGGGAGGACAGUUGGUAGGGGAGAUGUAUGGAUCCUAAAGCACAAAAGAUCUGAUGGCAGCUAUAUACAUGAAGAAGCUCGGAGGAUUGGUGAAAAAAUAUCUGAGAUUGAGCAACUGUAUGAAUCUACAAGAAUAUUGUCAGAGAAUGAUUCCCUUGCCCAAGCUCUAGGCAAAAAGCACCCGGGUAAAGUGCGUGGGAUGGGACACGGGCCGACACCAAGUCAACUCUUCCGUCCGAGUUUGCAGCCGUCGGUGGAUAGAGCUCAAGUAGAAGUGGCCCAAAGGAUGCUGUGUGAACUACAAGCGGAAAUGACGACCGAAAAAUUGAAGAGGAAAGCAAUGGAGGGUGAAUUAGCAGCAGAGAAGACGAAGAGGCAGGCAAUAGAGAGUGUGCUGAGUUAUCUGGUCCAACAGCAAUGUGGGGAGCUGCCUCCAGACAUCGCUGCACAGAUGAAUUCUUUGGACAGACAUGGAGAAACAUAG